GCCGCCGGGGAACUCUUGAGCUCCCCGUCCGCUCAGGUGAGGCUCACUGGCUGAGCCACAGCCUUGGCCGCCCUUUGCCAGCAGCGGGCGGAGUCUCCCGCUGAGCUAGCGAAAGGGGUGUGUUGCUCAUCACAACGGCUGCCCCUGUCACUGUGUCCGGGUGGCAGUCGGCGAGGAACCUCUGCGGUAGCAAGAAAACCGCUACAGUUGGAGACGGUGACCAGCCAUCAUGAGCAGCGACCACAACAAGUGCGACGCGAUCGUGAUCGGAGGAGGCAUCUCAGGUUUAUCUGCAGCCAAGUUAUUGUAUGACUCAGGACUGGAUGUUGUAGUCUUAGAAGCCCGUGACAGGGUUGGAGGCAGAACUUACACAGUAAGAAAUAAGCAUGUCAAGUAUGUUGACUUGGGAGGAGCAUAUGUGGGACCCACACAAAAUCGUGUUUUACGGCUGUCUAAGGACUUAGGACUAGAGACUUACAAAGUGAAUGAAGUUGAGCAUCUUAUUCAUCAUGUCAAAGGCAAAUCUUAUCCUUUCAAGGGGCCUUUCCCUCCAAUGUGGAAUCCCAUUACAUAUUUGGACUAUAACAAUCUGUGGAGGACACUGGAUGAAAUGGGGAAAGAGAUUCCUAAUGAAGCUCCAUGGAAAGCACCACAUGCAGAGGAAUGGGACAAAAUUACCAUGGAACAGUUGCUAGAUAAAGUGUGCUGGACAAAUGCUGCCAAGAGGUUUGGUACUCUGUUUGUGAAUGUUGAUGUUACCUCUGAGCCGCAUGAGGUUUCUGCUCUCUGGUUCCUGUGGUAUGUUAAACAGUGUGGAGGUACAGCCAGAAUAUUUUCAACAACCAAUGGAGGCCAGGAGAGAAAGUUCAUUGGAGGCGCUGGACAAAUUAGUGAAAAAAUUAUGGAAUAUCUGGGAAAGCGAGUUAAAUUAGAGAAGCCUGUAACAUAUGUUGAUCAGACUGGUGGAAAUGUCAUAGUAGAAACAUUGGGCCAUGAAAGAUAUGAGGCCCAAUAUGUUAUUAGUGCCAUCCCUCCAGUGCUUAGCUUGAAGAUUCAUUUUAACCCACCUUUGCCUUCAAUGAGGAAUCAGAUGAUUAAUCGGAUUCCUAUGGGGUCAGUCAUCAAGUGUAUAGUAUACUACAAGGAUGCAUUUUGGAAGAAAAAAGAUUAUUGUGGUUCCAUGAUUAUUGAAGAUGAAGAUGCCCCAAUUGGGUUGGCAUUAGAUGACACCAAACCUGAUGGAAGCUUUCCAGCCAUAAUUGGUUUCAUCCUUGCCCGAAAGUGUAGAAGACUGAUUAAUCUCACCAAGGAAGAAAGGAAAACACAGAUCUGUGAGCUCUAUGCAAAGGUGCUGGGAACACAAGAAGCCUUACAUCCAGUGCACUAUGAAGAGAAGAAUUGGUGUGAAGAGCAAUAUUCUGGAGGAUGCUAUACAGCUUAUUUUCCACCCGGGAUUAUGACUCAGUAUGGAAGGAUUCUUCGUGAGCCAGUUGGGAGGAUCUUCUUUGCAGGUACUGAAACAGCUUCAGAAUGGAGCGGCUACAUAGAAGGGGCUGUUCAGGCUGGAGAAAGAGCAGCCAGAGAGGUACUACAGUCGAUGGGAAGAUAUUCAGGAGAAAUAUGGAAAUCUGAACCAGAAUCACCUUGGUUCUUUGGUACUCCUUGUUAAUUGGUUCCAGGAAGUGUGAUGAGUACCAAGAACGAUGAGUACCAGAUUUCCCCCAUAAGAAUAAUAUAGCGAGUCACAAGGUAGCUGACACCUACAAUUUGUAGCUUGUGCGUUGAGUACCAAACAAACGAUGAGUAUUGAGCAAAAUUUUCACAUCAAAAUGCAUUAAGUACAGAUCAAAGCAGUUGAGUACUAAGAUACCACUGUAUUUAGGUACUAUUGUGUACACGUUUUGUAAAAAUUUAUCGUUUAAUAUUGUAAACCACCCAGAGUUACAGAAAUAAAUAAAUAAAUAAAUAUUUUUUUUAUUUCACUCCUCCAACAUGAAUAAAAGCUAUAGUACAAUUUUCAAAAUGAGUGUGUUUAGAUUAGGGUUGUGCAAAAAUGAUUUGAAAGAAGGUUUUUGGACCUUGUGUGCGCACAGGACCUUCUCUCGUUAUUCACUGAUGCAGCCUGACUUUCAGGCUUCCAUGAAAAACUGUUUAGAAUCCUUACAGGUAGUCCUCGACUUACAACACCUCAAAAGAAAAAAAUGUCAGCACAAAUGUGCAGCAAAUAGCCAUGGCAGAAGUUGGGUCCUAAAGGGAGUCAGAUAGGCAGCACAAAGCAAACACCCAAAAAUGUUACUUACAAGUUAUCUUUGAAAUUAUGACUGCUACACACAGGCACACACAUACAGUCAUGUGACUGCAUUUUACGCAUUUGGUAAUCAGCUACAUAUAUGAUCAGUUGCAGUAUCCUGCGGUCAUAUAACCAGAGUUUGUGAUGUAUUUGCAGAUUUCUGAGUUUUUGCUGAUUAAUAACUAUGGUGACUCACUUUAUGAGACUUUAAUAAAAACUGAGUUUUUAUUAAAUUGAGUUAGGUGACAUGGUAACUUGACUUAAAACAGUUCAUUUAGUGACUGUUUGAAGUUACAACAGCACUGAAAAAACUGAUUUCUGGCCGUUUUUCACAGUUGUGACCUUUGCAGCAUCCCCAUGAUCAUGUGCUCAAAGUUCAUAUGCUUGCCAACUGGUUCAUACUUAUGACCGUUGCAGCAUCCCAGGGACAUGUGAUCCUGUUUUGCAACCUUAGGACAAGCAAAAUCAAUGGGGAAGCAAAAUUCACUUAAGAAAUAGGUUAAUAAUGUAUCAACUGCAAUGAUUCACUAAACAACUUUGGCAAAAAUGUCAUAAAAUGGGGCAAAACUCACUUAACAAAAGUUUCAUUUAACAACAGAAAUUUUGGGCUCAAUUGCGGUCAUAAGUUGAGGACUACCCGUAUUAGAGUCAUGCAGAAUUCUAAAAAAAAAAAUAGAUUUUUUUUUAACACAGAACAAAGUUGCUCACAUGAGGCCUGAAACAUUCACAUCAUUAUCUGCACUAUGCACUAUCCUGUCAUGGAUAAUUUUUAGAUGCCUUGCAUGCCUUGCAUGCAACUGCCACAUGAAAAACUGCAGAUGCUUAAAGGAAUAGGCAGGCAUUAUAUUGGCAUCCCUUCUAGUCUUUAGCAUCUUUUGAAGAUCAGAUCCAAACCACUGCAUAUCCUUAUAGCACUUAGCAAUAGUACUUAUAUACCGCUUCACAGUGCUUUACAGCCAUCUCUAAGUGGUUUAUAGAGUCAGCAUAUUGCCCCCAACAAUCUGGGUCCUCAUUUUACCCACCUCAGAAGGAUGGAAGGUUGAGCCAUCCUUGAGCCUGCUGAGAUUUGAUCUGCCGAACUGCUGGCAGCUGGCAAUCAGCAGAAGUAGCCUGCAGUACUGCAUUCUAACCACUGCGCCACCACAGCUCUUAUAACUUUUCUACAUUUUUUUUUCCAAUAAUGUGAUUGGAAUUCCUAAAAUAGUGUGCCUUAAUCCUGAUGCAGUAUCUUAAAUAUGGCAUCACAUCAUAGAUUUGCCUAAUUAUAUUUGGUGGUGGUUGUUUUAUUUUCAACCCAUUUCCUAUUUUGCUUUUAUUUUUAACAGCAUAACACUCAAUUUCAUUUACUCCUUUUCAUGUUUAACAUAAUAUAAUUUGCCAAAUCCCUCUUAAUAUUAUCCUUUUUCCUGUUGUUAAAGAGCAAGGUUUGAAAAAUUAAUCUACAUUGUUAUUAUCUACUUUAGAUGCAAUUCCUUCAUUCUGUUAGAAUUUCUUCUGUGAAAUGAAUAUUUGUCAUAUUUGUAAAAAGUAUCUCCCACCUAAUAAUGAACAAAUUUA